AUGCGAUUACCAGCGUUGGCACUGCUCGCCGGCAGCCUGUGUUGCCGGGUCGGGUGGUGCUGGGAAGAGGAACAACCGGACCAUCACUUCGUCCAUGCUGACUGUAAUCCGGAUGCGCCGGGCAGUCGACCGGCCAUGCUCAUCGAGCGCAUAAUGCAAAAUUAUAGCCGAAAUGAAAUCCCAGAACCACUGCCAGUCCCUGUACAAGUCGAAGCUACGAUACAAGACAUGACAGAGCUAUCGGUGCUAAGUAAUAGCUUAACAGCGGAUAUAUGGUUCAGCGCAAUAUGGCAUGAUCCGAGGUUGGCCUAUCGACAUUUGGAUCCAUGCCGCGCCAAUCUAUCUUUCGAUGAUAAUUUUGAGAGGUUAUUAUGGUCGCCUAACGUCUGCUUGGUGAAUACGAAAAACACCCGGGUCCAUAGUUCACCAAAAGCCAACGUCUUGUUGAUGCUGAUGCCAAAUGGGACGGUGUGGUUAAAUUAUCGAGUUCGAGUGUCAGCCCCGUGUGAUAUGGAUCUUACGCUCUACCCAUUUGACAGCGCUACAUGUCAACUUGUUUUUGAAAGUUAUUCCUAUAACACGGCCACCGUCAAAGUCGAUUGGAUGCCGAAUCCAGUAACCAUUGUGCCCGGUGUCGAGUUGUCGGAUUUUCAUAUCCUUGAAUCACAUGCUUUCAAACAUACAGAGGUGUACAAAGCCGGGGAGUGGUAUCGGUUAUCUAUCGAAUUAAAGUUUAAAAGGGAGUACAGCUACUACAUCCUUCAGAUGUAUGCCCCAACAUACAUCAGUGUUUUUAUCUCUUGGAUAGCUUUCUGCAUCGACAGACAAAAAGCUGAUACUCAAAUCGAUGAAGAACAAUAU